AUGAAGGCAAAAAUGAGUGAUGCUAUGACAGAGAUAUGGGGAGUUUGGUAUAUAAAGAUGCAGAAAUCCUGUGCAGUUCUGACUGGGAUUGAUGAGGUGUUUUUAGUAGACAAGCAUGAUAGUACUAUAUCUGAUUAUACACCCAGUGGUGACUCAGAGGCAGAUACUGACAUGGAUGCUGAUGAUGACUUACAGGAACCUGAGUCUGUCAUACAGUUUCUGUCAGCUGAAAUACCAACAUUUGUCUCAAUGUUGGAGGUCAAAAGGUAUGACUUCCCACUGACCAAACCAACCUGGCCUCAUAUAUCUGCAUCAAAGCUGAUGCAGAAAACUGGACCAUCUCUGUCCAAACAAAUUGUGGGUACCAAGGGCCCCUGUGACUUCCAUGACAAAAAAUCAGCUCAAGACAGGUGGUCAUACCAUUGCAAAGGCUCAGUCUGCAUGUGA